AGGGAGCCCUGGCACGCCUCCAAAUCGUCUCAGCUCAUCGACAACGCCGAUCUGGCGACGUUCGAUGUCGGCACAGCAAGCCGCGAAGUGUGUCGUUGCUAUUUUCAGGUAGAAAGUGGAGUCGUAGCGGCGAUUCAGAGUGAAGAUGAAACGCGAGUGAAACCGCACAAGGCUGUAGAAACUACGGCGACGAGAAAAGGAACAAAAAGCUCGUAAAUGUGACACGAGCGACAGGCUCUCCUCGAACAUGCAAGGUGCGGAUAGCGCGCGAAAGAACAAACUUUUUUCUACGAAACAAAGAGCGACUACGAGUGUUAUUUCUUUUAUACCAGAAUCACAUCUAUAUUUGUAGACUCUUUUUGUACAUUUAUUCUGUAGUGUAACACUUUAACGAAACACGCGGACGUGGAAUGGAUAAAUCGGCCAGGGUAGGAAAUUACAGUGAAUUAGGUCGCGAGAUCUUAUUGAUUGAGCGAGGAAAUAAGGACGAGUGUCUCCAUCGGAAUCAAUUAUCGCAUACGCGAGUGCAUCGUCAGACGCGUCCGUGCCAAUGGAUAAACACUGCUUUCUAGUGGGAUGAAUGAACGUGACCGGUGGAAUUUCUUCGCACGGAUGUGAGAGAGUUAAGACGCACGUGCUUAGUGAAUCGACGAAGAUUCGCGGAUGGCCGCGCGUGCCAAACACGCCUGAAAGAAUCAACCGUUAUGACGUGAUCCAGCAGCGGGAGGACCUUUAGACAGAGAAGUAGCUCACGAGGAUUCCACGGCUAUUUUAAGAGCAUAGUUUCUGGGUGAAAAGUAGAAACUGACGUACGCGCGUGUCUCCGAUAAUAGUCGAUAAUAACGUUGCGGAACAAAGACUGUGAGGAAAAUCGAACCUGUCUCAGGCAACGCGUGACAGGCUUUAAAUUUUCUACCGUUUUCUUUCUUUUCUUGUUUUUCUUUUCUUUUCUUUUUUUUUUUUUUUUCUACGAUCGACGAAUAAAUCAAACGAGAAAGUGGGGACAAAAGAGACGAAGCAUGGAGGGACGACGAAAAAUCGAGAUUGUCCGCGUGCCUUCGAACGAGCGCGGUAACUUCCGAUCGGUGGAUGGUGUCCGUAAUAGUUACAACUAUAUUCGUGUGGGCACGUACUGCCCGGAACCGGAUGUCAAAGUGGUAGUUUGCGACAGUAAGCCGCCCAUCGAGCAGAAUCGAAAAUUCAAAAAGCAUUUGGGACCAGUUUCGAAGCUGCUCAGACGUCGUCAUCACACGGCAUAUCUCGCAACAAAAUCCUGUGAUAAUAUUUAUAGCGUGAAUAAAAGUACUAGCUCUUUAGACUGGAGAGUUACUCAAACGACGAACGAGCAAGGCUUUCAGUCUCGUCAGAGCAGCAGCCUCGAUUGGCGAGUAGGAAGAUCCAUCAACAAACUGCACUGGAGGGACACGACGCGUAGCGCGGAACAGCUUUCGAGAAGUGGAGCAAUCAGUUCUGAUCACCUUCAAACACCCAGUACAAAGUCGAAAUUGAUCUCGUUGUUACGAAGAUUGUCCCCGCGGCUUUCUCGACCGGGGAGUAAAAAUUCCUUGCAAGCUUCGCCGACGAUUUGCCCGUGGGUGCAGGUAGAGUAUUCCUCAGAGUCGAUCAAUGACGGGCUGCGAGAAGACUCGCAGGAAUGCGACGUGAGCUUCCAGAGAGAGUUGCAGCUAAACGAACUGAGGAAACGUAUGGCUGGAAUCCCUACCACUUCUCAGGUUACCACGAAAGUUACCAAGGAUGGCAAGGAACAGCAAAGCUCGACACAGAUCAGGAUACACGUGCAACAACCAGAAAAUGAUUGUACUAACGCAUCGAAAUCUGUGCACGAGGACCGCGGGGACGAGGAUCGUCGACGAGCUAGCGGGCAAACACGUGGUGGCGGCGAGGUAGCGGGCCUGGAGGACGUCGGCGAUUAUUGCGCCGCGACGCUGACGCCGUCGGUCCCAGGCGCCGCCUGCAUCAAAUCGAAUCGCCGUACAAGGCCACUCUCCCUUGCAGUACAGCCACUUAAUUACCGCCGCCUCGACCCGGACCCGAAAAUCACCAUCGACAUCGUCGCCAGCCAUCGUCCAAACAUGACUAGCCAGGAGAGCAUCGGCAGCUGCAGUUUGGACGUCGAUCAGUCCGCGUCCGACCGAUCAGAGAACACCAUAGACACGAUAUCGAAGAAAACGUUGCACAGCCUGAAUUUGUCUUGCAACGGUGACUCGGUAUCCUCGCCGGAGAAUCUGGCAAACGGUAGCAGCGAAACGCUGCAGAAGUCGCAUUUGUCGCCGGAUGAGAAGUUAAACGUCAGCAAUGGUCAUCGAAGCAGCCCGGAACCAGAGCAGCUGACAGUGAAGAAACCGAGUUACUUGGGCCUGGCCUGUAGCAUCAGCGGCUAUUCGGGGAUCAAUAGGUACGACAGUAAGCUGAGGGAAGGAUUCCGAUCGAGGGACAGCAGCCCUGGCACCAGGUUGAUCACCAGAGACACCAGCCCGGCAGCUUUCAGAUCGAACGAAAAUCUCAACGUGCCAGCGCACCCUUAUCCGCCUAAGAGUCAGUCAAUUUCACCCCUAGCAAUGGAUAGACAAAAUGGUUUCUCGAACGGUUUGAAGGAGGAGUGUAAAGUGGAGACUUACAGGGAAUCCAGAAGUUCGAUGGGUAUCUAUCAGGGUUAUUCCGAGGUCGACAAGGGCGUGUUGCAUUCGACGUAUCCUGACGUUAGCCCGGUACAAGCUUCUACCCCUAUGAAGCGUAGUCCUGGAAUAUCGCAGAUGAUGUCUUGCAGUCAACAGAAUAAACAUUUCUCAGUGUCUCCAAAGCAACCUACUGUUAAUCUCUCAAAUGCUUCGAGUUCGUUUAGCGACACGAGUAUAUUGAACGGCACGACGGAGCAAGUAGAAAAUCAAACGACAAACAGCAGCACGAGCAGUGAGAAAUCUUUCAUUCAGCAACGAGUGGAACGGCUCUACGGUCCUGGAGCACUAGCCCAGGGUUUCUUCUUCAGGCGCAGCACUAGCAAAUUAAGCAAUACGGACAGCAGUUUUAAUAAAUCUAACAGCAACAACAACGACGUAUCGACUGAGAAUGCAAAUACCGAGGAAUCCUUGAAGAAUUUACCAGUGUUGAGACAUCUGAGACCAGAGUUUCGAGCUCAACUUCCUGUGGUUAGCCCUAGAAGACCUACGGAUGGCUCGGAACAAGUUCUCAAGCCCUUGCAGAGGGUAACGCCAGUUUCGCGGAAGGCCGAGCAGAAACCAAAAAUCCCAGCUGCCAAGAAUUUAGACGGAAAUCUAGCGGAUAGCGGAGCGCAAAAGCUGAACUCCAGCGUGACUAGCAUCCCGGAUCAGCAGCCAGCUGCUCCAAAGGUAGUUCUACCUGUCUUAGAACCGAGCGCCAGCUCUACGAACGUGGCGAAACAGGUUCAGGAAGCGGAGAAAACGGUCGAAGAGAAAAAUGGACAUUACUUCAUGAAGUUGUUGAAACAGGAGACAGACAGGUUGCUCUCGUUAGCUGCGUCAACGGAAGCGGAAUUGGCUAGUUGCGAUACUGUUGCACUUCCGGAAGAGGCAGCCGGAAAACUGCGCUCGGCUGCGGGCAAAGCUAGGUUACUCGCCUCUCAGAAGAUGCAACAAUUCGAGGGACUGUGCCAGAAAAAUAUCAACCAAGUGCCUGGCGAGGAAUUCCCAACGACGAGCGAGGAUCUGGCGGGCUUCUGGGACAUGGUGAUGCUGCAGGUGGUGCAAGUAAACGAACUAUUCGAUCAGAUAGAAAAGUUACGCAAUUCUCAGUGGCAAGAGACUGUACCAGAGAAAAAGACAGUGGCCUCAACCCCGCAAAACGGCACCACGGCGAAACGUCGCGUCGCGCCGAUUCACAAAUCAAAAUCCACAGCCAACAGCGAGGCGAACAAGAAGGCGAGAGAGGCGAGAGAACAAGCCCGGCGACAGUUGAUCGAGGAGAGAAGGCGAGCGAUGCGCUCGAACGCGCAAAAUUCCGAGAAUACUGUAAAGAUCUUCGCCCCCGAUACGUAACGAUAGAAAAAAGAAAAAAAGAAAAAAAGAAAAAGAAAGAAACAGGGUGGCCGAUCUGUCGAGCAGAAUUCGUAGCAGCGUUUCCGGUGACGCUUAAUGCCUCGAGCCAAAUCAAACCGCCGUAUUUUUUAUGCAUUUUCUCAAACAACUAGGUAUCUCGAGCAGUCCGACGAUUAAUUUCCUCCAAUUAAUUACUAAUUGGCGAUUAAUGCGAUGCCUGUCGUCGUCGCGUUUCAUCCGCGUGACGAAUGAUUCAGUCGGGAAUUAAAUUGUCAGACUGCUCGGUACAGAAACGACUAUAAACUAUAAUAACUACCAAUACUGCUUCGACUACAAUCAAACUCGCUUUAUGUCGUUGAUAGAAUUGCGCGUGUGCAAUAUAACACGGCGCGAGCAAUAAGAGCGAUAUUCACGGUAUGUAAAUUGAUAAAUAUUUAAAGCGAUCGAUUUUUUUAACGGAUUGACUUGACUUCUAGCGAAAUAUGAAAAUGGAUGGAGGGAAUUAAGUUUUUAAGGAUUUUACCAUAUUUUAUUACGAUGUUUGUUCUUCGUCUCACGCUCUUACACACACGGACACGGACACACACACAUACACACGUACCAUUCACCUUGGAUUUUACACGCUGUGAUGUUUCGUGCUAAUCUUGUUACGUUUUAUAAAUGAUUUACGCUGUCGUUCGACUUCUGCGAUAUAUUUAAUGUUCACUUGACGAACGGACGAGCAUUUUCGGCUCCUUGUUUCUAUUUCACGUUUUUUUAAGGACGCUACGCGAAGGGAAUAUCGAUGGAAAAAUUUACUCGACGAGAGAGAAAAGUAAUGAGAACAAAGAAAAGCUAUUAAGAUGAAGCGAAAGUAAUAGAAGUAAAUACAAAAACGAAGACGAGAAAAUAAAAGGAGAAUCGUGUCUCAAUUAUUCGUGAUGGAAAGAAAAGAAGGCAUGGAGAGACUGCUUCCUUGUCCAUAGGAUUUUUUGUAAAAACAAAAGAAGAAAGAAGCUGAAAGGUAGUUACUCGAGUAUUUCUGUAUGGUGUUUUUAGCGAUCACGAGUAACUGAUAUUUAUACAAAUUGCACGAACGAUCGCUGGUUAACGUUGUCGGCGAGUUAACUAAUUCGUGGCAGUUAGUCAAAACUUAGGUCUGGCUCAAGUAUUUAAAAGCAGUUGUCACCCUCGUAACAGUUGAUCGCCUUGAGCCGGGUAUGAUUUUUAUCCCGUAGCCUCGUGUAAUAUUAUAUUAAUGAUCGUUCGAAGAAAGCUAAAGAUCGCCUAAGAAAGUUCUCUAUUCGCGAAACGAUCGAGAUCGGGGGAGAGGAUCGUGAAUUGCAGAUUGAACCGCAAGAAAGAUUCCUAUUAUUUUUUAUUAUUUGUACUGUUUCUGUAACGUCUGAUUAAUACAAUUAAUUUUUAGAACUUCGGCAAGAGAAGUUCGGCGACUGGAGAAACUCCGAGGAAACUUGCCGAGCUACCCUUGCCGGUUGUUAGUUUGGUCUCGCGAGGAAAUCGGUCCUGCAAAGAAAGGAAAUUAGUCGUAGAUUUUAGAUUUUGCGAACGACGGACGAAAGGUGUGAAAGGUUCUUCCUAAGGGAUCCUAAGCGCAGAAAAACCGUGUGGACCGGAAAAUCGUUUGUCUGAGUUGACAUUCCCGUAGAGACAGUCUCGGAACGCCCGGAUAGUUUAAUUCCACAUAUUCAUUUUUAAGUAUCUGGUAGAUAAGCUGGCGUAUAGCAAAGCGUAAUUAGAGCUGGUUCAACCAAAUAACACGCGCUAAUCUAAUUAAAAAUACUCGGUAUGGUGAGUGUGUCGCGAUUUUUUUCACGAUUAAUACGAUGAAUCUUUGAAUCCCGCGCGCGUCGAAACGAAUUGAAGGAACAUAAAACGAAAUGAAAAUUCGUCGAGGAAUACGUCGUUCUACUCGCGAGUACGCAUGAACGCGUAUCAGCCCGCGUUAUUUAUUGACUGUUAAUUCCCUUGGUGCCUUGAUUAUUUAUACGUGUGUACAUAAAAAUCGACUGACGACGAUACGAUGUCGUUUCGCGAUCACGUUCGAUCGCUUUUGACAGCAAACAAUGAGUCGAUAAAUGAGAAUGAAAUGGAAACACGUUGGUUAGCUUCCUUUUCGUUCGAUUAACAAUUGAAUUGAUGAUUAAUUCGCUUCAUUGCACAGCAUUCGAAAUCAUGAACAAGAGGAACGAGUGAAGUAGUCGAGAUCGCUCAAGUUUUGUUCUCAUUUAUCCGUUCUGCCUAAAGACGAAAGGAAAUUUUUUUAGUAACGAUCUGUAUUUUAGAUUUCCAGCGAAUCCGUCGGGGGCUCUUUUGUAAAACAUCAUCGUGAGCGAGAGUAGUAGUAUAAAUUAAUUUUUUUUUUUUUUUUUUUUUUAAUGCAACAACCGUGUGCCGCGAGCGACUGUAUAUAAAAGUGCGCGAGAGUAUUGCGUGAAUGAGGCAGCGAGCGAUUGCAGGCAACCAUUAAUCGUGUAAUUUACAGAAACCGCUAUUAGUAUAUAUAUUGUGUACAUUGGCCAGCACGACAGAAUUCGACACAAUUUCGUUUCCUCUUGGUAAAAAGUUUUCGAGCAGAGUCACUCGUCCCUCAUUUCUUGAAUAUAAUUAAGACGGUAAUAAAAAUUGAUAUAAUCAAAUUGAUAUAAUCAAAAGAUAAACAAUUAAAUUUCCUCUUACAUUUUAUACGAAAGUUUCAACAUUUUCAAAUAAUUUCGAAUACCGGUUUUCGAGCGAAAAUUUCUUGCCAAGAGUAUUCUCUGUUAAUUCUCGUUUCGUUCUCAGUUGCAUCCUCGUUUAUACAUGUACAGUUCGUGUUUUAGGGGGCUCUACUUUGAUCCGCACCGUAGUAAUUUAUAUUUCAGUACAGUACCCCGUUGCUUCUCUUCGUUAAGGACGCAUACUGUCCUGAAAAGCUUCCCGAAAGAUCGAUCCAAAGCGCGUACAAGGAUAAUGCGGCGUGACCUAAACCAUGAUCAUCGUGUACUUUUAAGAAGCUCUGUCUGUACAUUUUUUUUAAUUCGAGGAAACUCAUUUUCAUGAUUG